GAUCGUUAGCCCUGUGAGGGAGAAACGCAUUGUCUCUAUUGUGGCGAAAGAAACCACGCCGGGAAAAUAAAGCACGAACGCAUAAAGGACGCGAUCAAAAAAAAAAACGGAAAGUUACAAACGCGCAAUUUCUCAUUACAAUCGUGAGAUUCCUGUACCCAGUGCAAACCGACAUCUACAACAUCGGGUUACAACACACAAACUGAAACAUCAACCGAUUCCACGAUUCCAUCAUGGAACCUGCCAGAUCAGAAGCAAGCAUCCUUCCCAAUGGGAAAGGUUGUGACCUGGGAGAGGAAAUGCGUGUGCCGAUGAAGUCUAUGAUGGAGGAAGACCAACAUGUUAUUCAAAACAGCAGAUUUGAUGACCCCGAUGGAGCGUUGGCUGAGAACAUUGAGUUUCUCCCCAGUGGUGAGAGCAAGAAGCCACGUUUUACUGACUUUGAAGGGAAGACCUCCUUUGGCAUGUCAGUCUUCAAUUUGGGAAAUGCCAUCAUGGGCAGUGGAAUUUUGGGAUUGGCCUACGCCAUGGCCAAUACUGGCAUUCUUCUCUUCCUGUUUCUCCUCACAGCCGUAGCUGGUCUCUCCUGCUACUCCAUUCAUCUCCUGCUCAAGUCCUCUGGUGUUGUGGGAAUCCGCUCAUACGAACAACUGGGAAUGAGGGCUUUUGGAAUAUCAGGGAAGAUGGCGGCCGGAAUUGCGAUCACUCUCCAAAACAUCGGAGCCAUGUCCAGCUACUGUUACAUCAUCAAGUCCGAGUUCCCGCUGGUUCUGCAGGCAUUUCUGAGGGCAGAUCCCAACUCAGGGGAAUGGUAUCUUAAUGGCAACUACUUGGUGCUGCUUGUGAGUGUGUGCGUAAUCCUACCUUUGGCUCUAAUGAAACAGUUGGGUUACCUAGGUUAUACCAGCGGUUUCUCCCUCAGCUGUAUGGUCUUCUUUCUCACUGCAGUCAUCUAUAAAAAGUUUCAGAUUCCAUGCCCAUUCGAAGAGUUUACAUCUAAUAACACAUUGGCACACAUGCAUUCAAAUGGAACGGUUGGCCACGCCCACACCUACCACAACGGCCAUGAAAUGGACUCACACUGUAGCCCCCAGAUGUUCACUGUAAACUCACAGACUGCAUAUACCAUCCCCAUAUUGGCCUUUGCUUUUGUGUGCCACCCCGAGGUCCUGCCCAUCUACACCGAGCUUCGCAACCCGAAUCAGAGGAAAAUGCAGCACAUUUCCAAUAUUUCCAUUCUGAUCAUGUACGUCAUGUACUUCCUUGCAGCUCUCUUUGGCUACCUGACGUUUUACACUAACGUCGAGCCCGAACUUCUGCAUACCUACAGCAGGAUCGACCCCUACGACACUCUCAUCCUCUGCGUGCGAUUGGCUGUGCUCACUGCCGUGACCCUGACCGUGCCCAUCGUUCUGUUCCCGGUUCGAAGAGCCAUUCAAGAGAUGCUGUUUGCUAAUAAGACCUUCAAUUGGAUCAGACACGUGGCCAUCGCAGUCACCCUCCUGUCUUUUAUCAACUUACUGGUCAUCUUUGCCCCCAACAUCCUAGGCAUCUUUGGCGUCAUUGGUGCAACAUCUGCUCCGUGCCUCAUCUUUAUCUUCCCUGCUGUUUUCUACAUCCGUAUUGUUCCGAAGGAUAAAGAGCCAACGCGCUCUACCCCUAAAAUUUUUGCCGCCUGUUUUGCUGGACUGGGCGUGUUGUUUAUGAUAAUGAGCUGGAGCUUCAUCAUCAUUGAUUGGACAUCAGGAAGCAGCAGUUCUCUGGGUGGCCACUAGAGGACAAACUAUGUUGAAUGCUGAGUGUAUGUGCCUUUGAAUGAGAGUUAGUGGUGUAUUAUAUUAGAAGAUGGUUAUUUUUUUAAGCCUUAUUUUUCUUUUAUGACACAGAAGGUGCUCUAUCCCACAAUAACUACAUUGAGUUUUUAACUGAUACAGAACCCCUUUGUUUCACAAUUUGCCUAUCUGGAACUAAUAUAAAAAGGCUAUACUAUACAGUAUAUUAAUGUACAUUUUUUAGUAUGGUUAAGUUAGUGCAUUCUCUCUUAUCUUGUACAAAUGUGCUGUUUUGGCUCAAUUUUGAAGCUUAACAGUUCUUAUUGACCCCUCUUUGCUUUAUCAACCACAACGUACUUGCCACACUUGACCGCGAGUACUGUAGAAACAUGAAUGUGUAAAUAUUCAGCUCUUGAAUUUCCCUUUUUCUAUAGCACAAGGAGAUUGUAGAGAGAUUAAGAUUUUGAAUGGUCUUCUUUAGAUUAUUAGUUUAGUAUGGAUGAGAUGAGAUGAUAGAGACUGUAGUUUGCUCUGCAGGAGGUUUGGGACAAUCAACAAAGUCAAAUAUCACUUCAGGUAAUUUACAGUAAUGUUAGUCAAGGGAGAGUCUGGUUUAUCAUAAUGCAUAAAUUAAGUGUGCCAAAGCAAAGGAUUUUUAUAAUCUAUCUUUCAUAAAGUAUAUAUUCUGUUUUUCCAAAGAAUGCACAGUAGAAAUGAAAUCCAAGGCGUGCCUUGAUCACAUUGAGAUUUGAACGGUGAAAACAUAUUUAUUUAAACGUAUUAGCUAUAUAUUGCAGUUCACUGGAAAAAAGUAUUAGUAUAUGUUGUGGUUUUAAUGUAUACUUCGAAUGACUGUCUUUUAGCAUUUUUGUUUUUAUAAAAAUCAUGCUGGAUGAGUUCCACGCAUCUGAGGCUAUUUACACAAAAUCUUGCUUGACAAAGUUACAUUUAUGAUACGAGGAAACCUUGCAUAUAUAUUGUAACAAUGUUUUACACAAAAUGUUACCUCAUCUGUAUUAGAUUUUCAACAAAGCAUUACACUUAGGAAAGGUUUAAGUUUUUAAUCGGUUGCUGCUCUCAGUAUAUCAAAUGAAAUUGAUUGUAAAUGUAUUUUUGUCAUCUCUGCUAUUUAACAUUGUUUCAUAGUGUGUUUCUUGUAUUCAGGCUUAUUUGUCUUACAAAAUCUAGAACGCAGUGUUUUUAUCUGAAGGAAACUAUUGAAGUUAGCUGUUCACCUGUUUGGUUGUGAAAUAUUUAUCUCUUAGCCGGUGAUGAAAUUUGCUAGUGGCACAUGUUGAAAACCUUGAGAAAACACUAGUAACAGAAUUGAACAUCCCUUUAAUAUCACAAGACACUAAAAAAGUGCCUCUUAUGGAACCUAGUUAGUUUAAAUACUUUUUAGACCUACUGUAUUAUUAUUAUUAUCAUUUCUAAUAUAAUAAUUUUAAUUUGCAAUUGAUUUCAAGGGCUUUGAAUUGUUCUCAGGCUUCAAGAUAACAUUGCAUAUGUUAAUAUAUUGCAUUUGUUAAACUACAGAAGCAUUGGAUAAGUAAAAUCAAGGGAGUUCAAUGUUAAUCAUUCAGAUUUGAUUCUGAUACCCAUUUCUAUAUAUUUUCUCUUAAGUAUUGCUACCUAUUUGUUAUAUACCUAUUGCUACCUAUUUGUUAUAUUUCUCUUUUCUUGUAAUAAUAUUAUAAACAACACCAAAUGUUGUAGUGAUUAGACUGCAAAAUCAACGUUUUAAACUACAUAUUACCUAUUGUUUUAAUGCAUUAUUUGCAUCUAUAACAUCGUUGUACUUGGUAAAGUUGGGGGUCAUAUUUACUUCAUCCGUAUAUAAUGUAUAUAAAUGUUGCUUAUAUCUGUGAUGCAUAGUUUGUAUAGUGUAAAUAGCAAAACCACACUGACAAUAAAAAAGCUGUUUUUAAAGUUAUGUAGGAGUUUGGCAUUUUAGCUUGCCCCAGAACAUUAUGACUUACCAACAUACAUUUAUUCAUUUGGCAGACUCUUAUAUACAGUAUACAAAUGUAUAGGCUACAUUCAAGCUAUACAUUUGAUCAGUUUUUUAAUUCCUUAGAGAAAUUGAGCCCAUGGUCUUGGCAUUCUCUGCUAAAAUAAACGGAUUAUGAUAAUCUUUGUUACAGCUGCCAGGAUUUCAUACUGAUGUGAUGAGUUUUUCUAACACUUGAGGGCGAUGCGCGUUCUUGCUCUAAUUUAUCGGUUAUCAUCAGAUAUAACCAAACUUUUACAUUACCUAUUUUUUGCAUAUUAGUUUUUUAUACACAAUCGUUUUCUGAACCUUUACGUUUCACUCAAUUUCAGGUGCAAACGUGCUCGCAACCUUGAGCUGAUGUGAGAUUCGAUUCGCGAACGAGUCGUUCCUUUGAACCGGUUCCAAACGAUUCUUUCUAGCUGAUUUGCAAAGCGUUAUUUCAUUCACUCCAACCUACCAACUAAACUUUAAGGUGGACAGGGUGUUGAAAUGUGUCUUGAGUAUCCAGUAUUUAAAACCACAUGCGACUUCUGGCCUAGGACAUUUGAUGAUGUUGUUAAAAACAAGCAAAAAAUCAAGCAUUUCUAUGUCACUGACAUUUUUGUACAUGACAAAUAAACUUGA